CACGGUGGCUCCUUUCCUCAGACACGAGGCCACCACGCAGCUGCCAGUCCCUCCAUAAAUCCUCAUUUCCCUUCGCAAAAUUAUCAUCUCAACCCCCCAGUGCCCCCCAAAUACCCCUCAUUACCCUCCCACGUACCCCUCAGUGUACAUCACCCACAUCACCCCCUGUCAAACCUCAAAAAAAGUGCCAAAAUCGCACCCCCUCAGGGGUUGUUUCACCCAAAGUGAAAGUGACGUCACGUGACCAACAAAUUCGUGCAAAAACUCGCGUGUAAACAACAGUACCUAACCUAGUGAAAUAAUUCAACGAGUGUUAAUUAUUCGUCUGGAGAACGAUUUGUCCGUUGAACCCAUUUUAUCCAACACCAAAAUGCUACCUUAUCUCCAUUAUCUCCAGAGAUAUUCAAGUUCAAACAUUGGGAUGUGCCAGUGCCAGUGCCAGUGCCAGUGCCAGUGCCAAAGGCUAAUCUAAAAAUUUCUCAUUUCAACAACUCGAAAAAAAAUAGGAAAUUGACCCCUCCGGUCUUGGUACCUCACGUAAACAAUUCCAUCUUCCAAUAAUGGACGGCUUUUUCUCCGGCGCUAGAUAACAAAAAAGACAUUGAGAUAAUAUCCAUAACAACAAUUAAAAUUCCCCGGGAAAAAUCAGCACCAAUUACAAUCCCCCAACACUGUGUGAAAAUCAUUUUGAAAAUUCGAAAAAAAAUCUCCAGACAAAUGAUCAAGCUGUCAUUUUCGUUAAAUUAAUUUUGACACGCUAAAAAAAUUGCCACUCUUUCAUAUUUUAAAACAGAAAAUAAUCGGAGGAUGCGAAUGUGGAGAUAACGAUAUUAAUCGCGAUAUCGAUAUAUAAUCAACUGGAUUUUUGGAGGGAAACUUGAGUUAGUAAAAUCGUAAAAAGUGAAUAGAAUAGGGAGAAGUGAAGUGGAUAAGUUUCUUGUUAAAAAUCUUGACAAUUGUUGAUUGAAAAAUGCCUCAAUGUGCUGUAGCAACAUGUAGAAAUAGUCACCGACGUACGCGUGGUCGACGUAUCCGUUACCAUCGAUUCCCCCAGAUACCGGAAGUACGUGCUAGAUGGGUACGCGCCUGCGGACGUCCACCCCUGUCUAAUGGCGAUGUACCAUUUAAUAUACAGACAGCCCGUAUUUGCUCCCUACAUUUUACCAAUGAUUCGUACGAGAAAGACAUGGAGCAUCUAGUUCUUGGACUUCCGGUGCGCAGUAGGCUGCGUCGUGGUGCUGUACCAACAAUUGGAGUUCCUGUUAAUGUACAGCCCGUGACGAAGAUGCUCGUUGAUGACGCCAAGAGGUCAAUUCUCAAGGUCACACAUGGAAAAUAUGGAAAAGAUGGAAAGGAUGGGAAGUAUGGCGAUGAGGGGAUCAGGAGUCAUGACGAGGGAAUUAGAUACUACAGAAAAUUUAAUGAUGAGGAUGGCAAUGUUUGCCAGCAAUUAUUAUCGGGGGAACAGCAGAAAAUGGCGGGCAUUGAUGUGCUACUUGCACUUGGUCUCAAACCCGCAUCGAGUUUAAAUAAAAUGCACGCAAUGGACUGUGCGACAUCGAGUCCAUCGAGUGGUAAAGCCGAAAAAAGAGAGGACGACUCGCGAAAUUCACCGAAGGUACCCCAGAACCGUCAGAAUGGUGCAGCACUUCCUGAGGAGACAGCUACCCCGGCAGUUGUCAAGAAGGAGAAUCAUUCUGACGAGGAGUUGACAGAUAGAAAAAAAACAAGAAGUAAAGAUCGAAAGAGAAAGUCAACCGAGGAGUCAUUUGCCAAUGGAAAUCCCAAGAGGAUAUGCUUCGAGCAACGAGAGAGGUUUAUCGAUUCUCUGGUAGGAUGCGACAGGAUCAGCCCCGAGGAACUCGCCACAAGAGCUGAUGAACUUCGAUCUGAAGUCCAGGCAUUGGACGAGUUGGCGAGAGCAAAAGAGAUGGAGUGGAAUGAGAUCCUCUCGAUGAGGAAAUUGAAAGAGGAGGCGUACCUCCGGGUGGAACGAAAGCGCCAAGUCCUGGGAUAUCUCGAGAGUAACGGUCAGAUAACCGAGACAAUUCCCUCAGCGAGUUUAUCCCUUGCCCCAGACUGGGAGCCCCCAGUUCAUCAGGAUCCCCAGCCUCCGAAGGACAUCCCCCAGGACCUGGGACACCCCCCAGUCUCCAAGAGUCCUCUUGAACCCCAGACGAUUCCCCAGAAGUCCCAGAGUCGGCAGCUGACGGUUUCCCAAGUGUCCAAUCGUCUACCCCAGGAGAAACGAUCCAAAAGGACGCAGGAUGUUCACCAGGACUCGAGGCAAAUUGGCGAGGGUAGACAGGGGCCUCUUCUCGAUGUCAGAUCAGUUAUUGCUGAGCACAGGCUACGACACCCUGAGACUGUACCCAGGAGGGGCAGGAGAAUGAGAAAUUCAGUGAAUAUUGGACUUGGCGCUGGUGGUGGAGUCGUCGAGACUGUUCACGACUCAAGGCCGUCCAGCACUGACUCGUGCAAGUCUGGAUCCAAUCCUGAUGUUAAUUACAAGGACAUUCAGAUACAAUUUGCUAAAUAUGCCAGGCAAGAGAUGACUGGAACGGUCAAGACACCCCAGAAUUAUCCUGAUGUCACUCUACAUCCUGUUGCUUCUGGGCCAACACCUGGGGCUAAUCCUGGGGGACAGGGGAGUCUACUUCAUGGAAUACUCACGAAAAGUCACAGUCCUAGGCCCACGACAUUCUCACCGACUCUUGCCAAACUUUUAACUGCCCCUGAGAGGGACAGGGGACAGGCACAAGUCGCACAGAUGGUUCAGGGUUUUCAGGGGAACACGGGGGUCUCCAUCAGCGAUCUUUUAAAUUCUUCCAAGGCUAGACGGGAAAUCACCAUAACUCCAGUUGGAAAUACUCCCCUCCAAUCUUCACAUCCCAAUAAUAUUGUUCACGUGGAGGAUGUGGAAGAGGAGAAUUCGCUGAUCGAGGAGAGAGACUCGAGGCGAACAUCAUCUAGGGAUAACAGAGAGGACAGGGACACACCACCCAGGUGUCAAGGGUGCCAAGAGCGUGCUGCACAGUUCGUCUGUGCUGGAUGUGGAAACCAGUGGUACUGCAGUCGAGAGUGUCAAGUUUCCGCCUGGGACGAGCACUCGGAGGUGUGCUCUGGCUAGCAUUAGAUGACUUCUCAAUGACGUUUACAACCCCCAAAAAACCGCAAUUAACAGCCCAAACGUCGAUUGAAUAAUCUAGUCAAGAAUUUACUAAAAAAAAAAUGAGAGAAGUCUAAACCCAAGAGGAAUUAAUGUUUCUACCAUAGUUUUUCACUCGACACUUACACAAUUAUAUUUUUUACGUAAUUGUCUGUGAAAGCCGAGGCUAAUGACCACGAAAGACAUUUUAAAAAAUGUUGCUAUCUCAAGACUUGACCAGAGCGAAAAAAUAAUUGUUCAAUUUCGAGAGAUUAACGAGGAAAAACCAAAUUUCGUUACAUUACAAUUUUAUUCAUUUUCCUCCAUCGAAAUAAUGUUCUUAUAACGUCUUCAUGUUAUAAUUACUCAUGAUAAUUCAUUUAAUUUUUUUUUUGUUGCUUAAUUUAUCGAUGGGAAACCUCGAGUAGUUGGAGAAUUCGUAGGAUUUUUUAUACCAAAAAAUGUAAUGAAAAUGUUUUUAUAAAAUUGUCGAAUUGAUGAGUUUCAGGGAAUUUUCAUUCAAUUACCGUUUUAAUGGUUAUCUCGGAACAAGUGAUAAGGUUUUUGGUGGUUUCAAACGAUUGAGGGGAGAUAUAUAAACCUGUGUAAGAUUGAAGAACAAAGGAAAAUAAAGUUUUUAAAA